AUGACUAAUUUCCUGCUUAUUGUUAUUAGAAUGGCUUCCGUUCCCGCCAUCCUUCUGUCAGUGCUCUUCUUCGUGCUGAUUUUGAUUGACGUGACCGGGAAUAUGUUGGUUUGCCUGAUAGUUUAUCGCAGGAAGCAGAUGCGGAGGCCAAUGAACUAUCUCCUGGUGAACCUCGCUGUAGCUGACAUUCUGAUUGGCGUAUUCAUGUUGCCUAGACACGUGUUUCAUCAUACAUUUGAACAUCCCACAGGUAAGCUCAGAAUAGGUGGAUCACCUACCCCUCCCCUAACCCAACAUUUUGCCCCUAGUGAGACACAAAUGUUAAAGUUGAGUAAGGGGUGGGGUGGGUGGGAAGUUUCCCAGAAACCUAAAUUGAUCCGUAAAGGUCAUCAUUGGAGGGUGUUUUCUUCUCUUGUCGUGUGAGGUUCUUUUAUUUUUGUGUCUCAGUUAACUAUAAAACAUGUUGAGGCUGGAGAAAGGGAAGACAGAAAGAGAGUGGAGAACGGUGAAAAAGCUCGGUCGGCAAGGGAGAGGUAGUAUGAUGAUAAUAUACUGAGCUCCCCCUUCAUUAAAUAAGUGGCUAGCGAACUAAAAUUUCCCUGCAGUUAUCUUCAUAUGUCCAACACUAACGGAAGUCCUAUACAGGCGACUCUCGAUAACUCGAACCUCGCGCUAACUCGUAGAAAUUUUUGUUUCCCUUCAGAUCAUUCUAUAUAAUUCUACCCUCGAUAACUCGAACCAUGUUUUUAAGCGCUUGACAAGUCGAAAAAAAGCAGUAUGAACGUCUGCGUGGGAGGCUAAUCAGGGGGCAGUACUUCAGCUGAAACAUACCGCAUAAAUGUGAUCUAAAACCUCGGUAAUCUCCUGUGUACCCGAAAAGCGAAAGCAGGCGAGACUUCAAUGCUACCGGUAUUUUUCCAAUCCUCUGCUAAGUUCAUUUAUUUCCUAAAAACAUAUCAUUUUUUUUCACAUUAAAGGUACAUCCGGGAACUAUCUAUGCAAGUUCAUAACAGGUGGUGUGUUUAUUUGGCUGAGUGCCGCUUCAUCCGGAAUAUUACUCAUAGCUAUUGCUACUGCGCGGUAUUUCGCGGUGGUCCAUCCACUAAAGCGAAGACUCCGCUUGAAGAAUAAACACGUCUUAUGGAUUAUGGUCAUAUCUUGGGUCUUCGCUUGCUUAUUAACAGUGCCAAGUAUGUCCGCGAUUGUUUACAGCCCAAGCAAAGAUUUCUGUAUCGAGGAGUGGGCGGAGUGGUACCCCAAGCGAGGUCACGUUGCCUUUGUAUUCGCGGUGAAUUGCUUGGUUCCUAUCAUAUCCAUGACACUUUUAUAUUCGAGAAUCAUUCAUAAACUUUGGAACAACCACGAGCAGGUCACAAAUUUGGUCCAAUACGCAAGGCUGAAGGCUCGAAAGCGAGUCACAUUCAUGUUGAUUGUCAUAACACUUGUGCACACUUUGUGCUGGUCGCCGAAUUAUGUCCUGUAUCUGCUGAUUUUUUGCGUUCCCGGAUUUUACUACGGUUCAACGGCUUAUAUCAUCACUGUUUUGUUAGUUCUUCUCAACGCAGCCGCUGACCCGUUGCUUUACAUGUGGUUCAUGGAAGGGUUCAACAGGGCCAUUCGAAGCGUACUCUGUUGUUGUCAUGGUAACAGAGUAGUAGGCGUUCCCACUGUUAGAAAAAUCAGUAAAACUCCUGUUGAGCUCGGUUUUUCUACCACUGUGGACCCAAACUAG